AUGAUGGCGACCUGCACAUGUACUAUUUGGAAAGUUGUCAGCAGAUGUCAGCGCCAGCUCCUAAACGGCAGUGUUCCCAACUUCCCUGGUUCUUCUGCCAGCAAAAUUCCUGUUAGGACUUUGGCUGCUGUCAAGGUGUCAAAAAAAGGAAAGAAAGAAAAUCCGGCACCUCCUGAAGUGAAGAAAGAGAAGAGGGUGGUGGACGACUCAGAGCGACACAAGCCUUAUGGGAAGACUGCAUGGGCGCCUGUGGACGAUGUCUACAUACUGAGGUACUACCCCAGAACCAUCUACAGUGCCGCUGAUGCGAUACACCUGCUGAAGAGCUUCCAAGUAUUGGACUUCACUCCCUGCGACCAACCCGUCUACGUGGACCUCAAACUGGACAUGAAACUGGAGAAAAAGAAAAUGAUCGACCAGUUUGUAAGCACGGUGCAUCUUCCACACCCUUUCAGUAAAGACGUGAACAAAGUUUUGGUUUUUACUGAGGAUGCUGCUCAAGCUAAAGUGGCUGUGGAAGGCGGAGCCACGUUUGUGGGUGGGGCGGAGCUCAUCCAGCAGAUCUUGGAUGACGAGAUUGUGGCCGACUUUUAUAUAGCCGUGCCGGAAAUACUGCAGAAACUAACGCCUCUCAAAAAUAAACUAAGAAAGAAGUUUCCCAAGAGCAAGAGAGGUUCUGUCGGCGUGAACAUUCCGAAAAUGUUGUCGCUUUUUCGUACGGGUCACGAGUACGCUGUUGAGAGUGAGUGCUACGUCCGGACGCAAGUGGCCACGCUGGACUUUUCAACUGAGCAAAUCCUCGCCAACCUGGAAACAGUUCUGAUAGACGUCUGCUCACAUCGGCCUGCUGAUAUGGGGCCCUUCAUCGAACGUGCCAUCCUUACGAGUCAAACCAGUGAGGCGCUGUGGUUCAACAGUGAAGAACUCCUACCAAAAACGAAUCAAGACGAGAAAGAACAAUAA